AUGGCUCAGUCCCUGCUCUCUAAGGCUGUUGAGGAUGGACAGAGAAGAUUCAUCCAGCCAUCAGGGUCUCCGGCCACUGAGGUGAUGACCUUCAGCCUCCCACAGUACUGUCUACCCUGGCUGUCUGCUGUGGCUCACUACCUCAGGCAGAACCUUCUCAUCUUCCUGCAUGUACCCAAGUACACCGACAGCAACACAGCGCACCAUUUCAAGCACUACUUUCAUCUGAGCAGUGACUUGGCUGACGGCAAUAUCUACCUCUACAAUAAACCUGGAGGCCAGGGGACUGGAGGCAAAGGUAAUCACAUUCCCCCAGCCCAGGGCUCAGUCUUCACGUGUCUGUAUCGCCUGCAUCGCCCUCUCAUUCAUCGAUGCCCAUGGUCGUCCCCUUCAGGUUCCAACUCAGGACUGUGCCUCCCUGCAGAGGUCAGAGCACGGCACCACCCCCUACACCCCGACCAUUUUGAUCAGCUGACCACUGUGGUUAAAGUGGACUCCAUCACUGUCAGCUCAGGUACAGAGCCACAGCUGUAUGUACGCUUUGACAUCUGGGAACAAGGGAAUGUCAGCCCCUUACAGCUGAGCGAUAAACUGCAGGGAGCACUGCGCCACGCACUCUGUGACGUCGUGAUGGAGAUGAGAGUCUUGCCAAAUCCUCUUUGUCUGGGGGUGCCAUGCCCAGCAACCAAGGCACAGAAAGAAGAGGCUAAAGGACUAUUGAAUCCUUUGCCUGAGGUGAAAGAAGUGAAGGACAGUCCCAGGCAGCGCAGUGGCUCACGGGUCUUCAAAACCAGCCCUUCUCCCAUCACCUUAACCCAAGCUUUGGGGAGCACUCCCAUGACAGGGACCAGCACACCCGAGUCCACCACACCCACUGGCAAGAGCACCCGCCGGAGUUUCUGGGACAUACUGAGUAAGCCAGACUCGUCAGAGCUCGGCAGCCCAAAGACCACUGAUGACAUAGUGCAAGAAAAAGGGGAGGAGGUCGAGCAGCACGACGAAGACACAAGACAGAGACCAUAAAGCAGCAGUGGAGCCAGGACAAGGCUGUGGUUGUGGAGCUGGAGCAGGCCCAGAGGAGGCAGGUGUCUCAUUUAGAGGAGGGAGAUGUGGGCACUUUGCACCCUGUCUACCAGGUUACCUGCCAGCCAUGGAUCACCUUUAUGGCUAA